AAUAACGUUAGCUAGCUAAGGUCGUCCAGUGAGUUGAAUAAUACUUCAUUGCACUGGAUUGGAGAACAAAUGCACAUCCCCACCAUCACUCCUAGAAUAAGAAUUUAGCCGUGCAUUGUUUUGUUAUUUUGAAAAAUAAUUGACACUUUUACUGGGCUUUGUGUUCCCUUUUACAACCACAACUAGGUGUCGCACGAUGCCUGUCACAUCAUGGACUCAUCCUUUAUAACGUACAUUUAUAGGCAAGCCAUGUUCAUUUUACUACUGGUGCUUAUUCGAUGUGUAGAACGUUACAGGUAUUCACUGUGGAAGAGAUGAUGCCUCACCUGCAAGACCUCAGUGGAGCAGUUACUAAGAACCUCUUCCUGAAAGACAAGAAGAAGAAGCGCCUGUGGCUGGUCUCUGUCCGCCAUGACCGUCAGGUCAACCUCAACGACUUGGCUAAGAAGCUAGGCUUGGGUAGCGGCAACCUCCGCUUUGCUGAGGAGGCAGCCAUGUUGGAGAAACUGAAGGUGGGCCAAGGCUGUGCCACUGCCCUGGCACUCUUUUGUGAUAAGGACCAGAGCGUCAAGUUUGUCCUGGACAGCGACCUGGUCAACGGAGGCCAUGAGCGAGUUUACUUCCAUCCCAUGACCAAUGCUGUCUCUAUGGGACUAAAGCCAGAGGAUCUCUUGAAGUUUUUAAAGGAGACAGGACAUGAACCAGUUCUUCAGAGCUUUGACUAGUAAAUACCUUGAAAUUAACAUACUUACUAUCCUGUCAGACUGUGCUUUGGCUUGGUACAAUGAUUUAUUUAAAAGUUAUUUACCUUUGUGCUUUUACUUGGGGUUAUCAAGAAAUUUCCAUUAUUGUAAAAAAAAUAAAAAAAAUAGGCAAACAUUUGGGACAGAAUAAGGGAUGGAGAGACCUUGUUUUCUAUGGGCAAGAGACCAGUAGAUAGUUGGUUAUAUGUACAUGGUUGAAAGACAAUGUAGUAGUGAGUUAUGGUGUUUGUAUUGUAUCUCCCUCUGCGAGAUCUAGUCAUUUGCACUGUUUUGAUACUAAAUACUGCAGUGUAAUAAAGCAGAUGAUGGAA